UUUGAAUUUUCUAUAGCGGUGCGGUGCAAGGUCGGACGAACCGAACGUAUGCCUACGCGAAGAGAGGAUAUGGGAAAGAACGGUACUCGUGGCUCCCAUUAUUUAAACGUAGAAGAAUCCCGAAUGUUGUCGAAGUGGAUUAUCCGUCUAUCUCCUCACAUCUUAAACCUAUACCAGAAACAAAUAUUCGCCCACUAUACUUAAACAUCGAAAUCAUGAAGCUCACUCUGCAAAACCUCAGCAUCUUCCUACUGGCCUCCCUACCCCUGAGCACGGCCAUCCUCCCAAUAGAACUAUGUCCCAGCUGCCCCAAGCCAGAGCACUGCAGCAACCAAGGCUGGGACUGGGCAUACUACAGCAACCCCCUACGCAACGAUGGUGAGAACUAUCCCGGGUUCCGCGCGGACGUCUACAAGACCCGCAACCCAGUCUAUUCCGGCGUAACACCCUGGAUCGGAGGCCAGCUCGGCUACACGGACGCCAACCCCGAUACCAGUACAUUCUACGGCUCCCCCGUCGAGCUCAACAGCACGUACUUCGCUCUGAACCACCACGCAUACCUGUAUGCCUGCGAGGGCGGCACCUGGCAGUUUGACAUCACACAUGUCGACGACGUCGUAUUUGCCUGGAUCGGCGAAGCAGCGGUCUCCGGGUGGACGGACGCGAAUGCUGACGCGAAGGCUGUAUGGACGUUUGUGGGUAAUGAUUACCACUACGGCUCUGCCAGCGUCAGGAAGGACCUCGAGGGCAACCGUUUCCACCCCUUGCGUUUCGUCUUCGCAGAUGGUCAGUGGGGCGGCGUCUUUAACCUUACUAUUACCAGCCCAAGCGGCAUCAUCGUGCACCAGUCCGGCCGAGACAGCGAUUGGAUCGUCCGGUAUUCGUGCGGCUUCGACACAUCGGCCCCGCGCUUUCCCGACUUUGGAUCGGAGUCGUGAGUUUCCUUUUGGGAGGGAAGGGGAUGAUAUAGAGGUUCUAGCAGUUUCACGAGAGUAAGACCUUUAUAGUGGAGAGUGGUUUACUCGAAUCUUGGGUCGAUGUUAUAGGGUUAUAUUCUUUGCUGUAGUUACUUUGAUUAGCUUCCGUGGCCGUUAUAUUUUGAUUAGGCUCGUUAUAGGUAAUAAUUUCAUUGAUAUAAAAUC